GGGAGCCCGCUUCCGUCACCAAAGCCAGUCGUAAACUUUGUCACAUGAAGCGCAGCAGCAACACGGAGCGCAUCCUCACACAACCGCGGUGACCGACAGAGACAUGCAGUGGUGACCCCUCCGCGGCCGGGUUCCACGCACUUAUUAGGCUCCAAGAAAAACAACAAAGAAGAAGAAGAGUCAGAAAGAGAGAGAGAGAGGUGAGCGCACGAUGACAGCUAAAACUCUGGAGAAAGUGCCGGUGAAUCUCGGAGGGUUCGUCCAUCCCGUGGCAGACAGCGUGUACUCUGUGGAUGACAUCGCCGCCUGUCUGCCGACCUCUGUGGCCAUCUUUCCCAACGCCGACCUGGGAGCACAUUACGACCAGAUGAAUGUAGCAGCAGACAGCCUGAUGGGCGCUGACAUGAACGCAGAGAAGCGCUCGGUGGAGCUCUCCUCCUACUCCAGCGGCUUCUCCCAGCCCGCCUCCCAUCGCAACCAGACCUUCACCUACAUGGGGAAGUUCUCCAUCGACUCCCAGUACCCAGGGAACUGGAACCCAGAGGGAGUCAUUAACAUCGUUUCGGGCAUAUUCAACGUGGCCCAGCCGCCUCCUCCUCCACCUCCUCCUUCCUCUUCAGCCUCUUCCUCCCCGGCUUCCUCUGGAUCUCCUCAUCACUUCUCCAGUGGAGCUUUAAGUUGCACCAUGGCGGCUCAGAGCCAGGCCGACCUGGAUCACCACCAUCACCUGUACUCACCCCCGCCCCCUUACUCCUCCUCUGGCUGCGGGGAGGUGUACCAGGACCCCUCGGCGUUUUUGUCCACCUCUUCCUGUCCCAUAGCCUCGUACCCUCCGCCCUCGUAUUCGUCACCCAAGCAACCCAGCAGUUCAGACGUUCCGGGCCUCUUACCCAUCAUCCCUGACUACUCCGGCUUCUUCCAGCCGGCCUGUCAACGGGACAUGCACCCUGCAGCUAUCCCAGAUCGGAAGCCGUUCGUUCCGUGUCCUCUUGAUACAUUCCGAGUCCCUCCUCCCCUGACACCGCUGAACACUAUCAGAAACUUUACUUUGGGAGCUCCGGGUGGCGGCGGCUCAGAAACAGGGCAGCCACGGCUCUCCUCUGCCUACAGCCCCCAGAACCUGCCCCUCAGGCCGAUCCUGCGUCCAAGAAAAUACCCAAACAGACCCAGCAAAACGCCCGUCCACGAGCGGCCGUACCCGUGUCCGGCGGAGGGCUGUGACCGGCGCUUCUCCCGCUCCGACGAACUAACCAGGCACAUCCGCAUCCACACUGGCCACAAACCCUUCCAGUGUCGGAUCUGCAUGCGGAACUUCAGCCGCAGCGACCACCUCACCACGCAUAUCCGCACGCACACGGGCGAGAAGCCGUUCGCCUGCGACUACUGCGGCCGCAAGUUCGCUCGGAGCGACGAGAGAAAGAGACACACUAAGAUCCACCUGCGGCAGAAGGAGAGGAAAGCGUCCACGGUGUCCUCCUCCUCCUCCUCUGGAAGCUCCGCGUUGGAGCGUCCGUCAGGCGGAAUCAGCGCAGCCAGUGGGAUCUGUUCCUAGGUCUGCUUUGAAAACUUGUUUGCCUUGGCUGCCUGACUCACACGAACUCCUUGAAGAACUCUCUGAGUAUCGGUGUGAACGUUCUGGGAACGGGCAGCCGAACACCGAAUGAAGAACUUGUGCACAGUGGUGCACUAAGACGCACAGCCAUGCUACUGAACUCACACAGAUGCUUAUACGAAUGCACUUUGCCUGCACAGCCUACUGAAAUAUGAAUAAAUAUAAGUAUAAAUGUUUUCAUUAAAAGGGGAGUCAGAUAUUCCCAACUCUUUGAACUGUGACACGGCCUGCGCUUGUACAUGUAAAAUAACGGCAAUAAUGUUUCAAAGAACUGAGGACACGUUUAAGUUAUUUCAUUUAAUAUAUCUGUUGAUGAGUGUGUUUCUCCAGUGCCUUGCUGUGUCUUUUGUACACUGACUGAUUCAAGGACGCUCCUAAUGCAAUGUAAAUCUGCCCGAUAAUAUGUAAAGUUGGAAGACAUUCUAUUUUUGUAUUCAGUUUUGGUGUCGCUCCGAGUUUCCAUUAAUUGUUGCUCGUGUGUAAAAAGUCUGAGAUGUAAAUAUGUUGAAGGAUAAUAGAGUCGUUUGUUGUGAUGUGUGUUUUAAGACUUAUUAAAUGAACGAGGAUGAGAAACACAAA